AGUCGAGGUUCGUUUGCAUCUCUCGAUGUGAUGGCAAUGAGCAUAUCGCCUGACCAGACUGUGAUCACACAUCCCCUCCAUGUGGCCAAAAAGGGGGCCCUGAUGGGCGUCGGUUGUACUGUUCCCGGCCUUCUCAUCGGCGCGACCUAUGGCACACUACGCACUCAAACUCCGGUCCUCUUCUCCCUCGUCUCGGGCGCCCAAUGGUUCGCCCUUGGUACAACCUUCUUCAGCAUUCGCACUUCAAUCCUUAAUUCCACUGGCCUGCGAAACUGGUGGAACAUCACCCGCGGCGCGCCUCUCCUACCUGCUCCGGAUCAUGGCCCCUCCCACUCAGACCGCAUCCGCGCGUCCACUAUCUCCGGCGCUGCCACCGGCUUCAGCUUAGGAUUUCUUUUCCGUGGGCCACGCAAUGUCAUUCCGGGUACCAUUAUGUUUUCCCUGUUCGGCUUCGGAGGACAGCAUGCUUACGAAUGGCUGGAUGCAAGGAAGUCGGGAAAGGCUAGGGAGCAGGUGGCGAUGAAAGAGAGGGGCGAAGUGCAAGAGACGUUUAUGCAGAGGAUAGCGAAGAGCAAGUGGAGCCCUAUGAAAGUCUUAAGCGACGAGGAGUAUGAGGAGAUGAUGAGGGAGCGUAUCCUAAAGGUGGAUGUGGAGAUAGCGCUGCUCAAAGACAGCAUUGAAGCGCUGAAGAAAGAGAAAGAAGAAGAAGAAGACAAGAAGAGGAUGGAGGCACCAACAGAGCCCCAGCAGAGGAAGUAAAGGAAGCAAUGAUAAGCCUCUGAAACUCCUGUAAAUUAAUUGUACGAUGUGCUGUUUGUGGGCUAUAUAAAUCGAAUCACAGUAGCUGACGC